UGUGACUUUUUGUUGUCACGCCGUUCAUAUGCAGCUCAAAGUGAAAGUGUCGACGGAGGUGGCAGUUACCAAUAUGGACCUCUCCGUGGUGGAUAAGGACCAGAGCAUCGGCACAAAGACUACCAGGGUGGAGUAUCCUUCCAAAGCCGCGAGCUCGUUCAUUGCUGACAGUCACCAGAACUUUGCCAUGGCCUUCCAGCUGGUUGACGUCAAUACUGGAAUGGAACUUAUGCCCCAUCAGACUUUUGUCCGGCUGCACAAUCAGAAAACUGGCCAAGAGGUUGUUUUUGUUGCCGAGCCCGAUGCCAAGGGUCUGUACAAGUUUGAGUUGGACGCAACAGAGCGUAAAACGGAGUUUGCGCUCAUCUCCGGUACAUAUUCCCUCUAUCUCAUGGUUGGCGAUGCCACACUGGAGAACCCCAUCUUGUGGAAUGUGGCCGACGUCGUGCUGAGGUUUGUGGACGAGGAUGCCCCAGUGAGCAUUCAAGCCAAGACUCUUUACGUCCCCAAGCCGGAGAUCCAACACUUAUUCAGGGAGCCCGAGAAGAAGCCUCCAACGGUCGUUUCCAACGCCUUCACUGCACUCGUCCUGUCUCCCCUCCUGCUUCUGCUCAUCCUGGUAGCACUUGCACCCCUUAUCUUAUUGUUAUGCUUAGCAGGUAAGCUGAUGGCAAAUGUUUGUGAUGGAGCCGAGUUACCGCCGGACGACCACCUGUCUCAUUUUUACCUUUAGAGAAAAUGGCUUCAUGGUUCUUUUGAAUCAUUGAUG